AUGGAAUCUGCUCGAGCACUUCUUUCUGGUCUCUCUGCCGACAACAAUGUACUGGGUCAAAGUGAUCAGAAUGUUGGGCCUGUUCCUGGAUCAGACACUUAUGAGGCUAAACUAAGUUUUAGGUCAAAUAGGCCUCAAAGCCCUGCUACACUGCCAAAAUUCUCAGUUGCAUCAACAGAAACAAAAUCCAAGAACGAGGAUCCAUAUGUCAAAAGUCAGUCAUCAAUGGAAAAGAUUCCAUCACUCUCGGAUCUAGAAAAUAGAGGGGCUGGUAUGCUUAUGAAGGAGGAUAGUGUCAGCCAAGUGUUUCAAAGUUUCCCCUACCUAUAUUCCCAGGCUGGUGACCUAACAGUGGGUGAUGUCGAAGAACUAUUAAGCAAUUACAAGCACCUUGUUUUCAAGUAUGUUUGCCUUGCUAAAGGAUCCGGCAUUGGCAAUCCAUCUCCACCAUUGCCCAAUCAAGGACAAAGUCAAUUCCCUGAAUCUGAAAUCACCACUGAAUCAAAGGCCACCUCAGCAGGAGAGCCAAAUGAUGAGAUGCAAAAGGAUGGUCCCGAGGAUUCAAGUUCAGUACUUUCUCAGUCUCUUGAGAGUGAUGAAUCCAAGUUAAAGGAAAAUGAAGUUGUUUCAGGUAGCGGUGAAGAAGGGAGCGAAGUUUUGCAAAUAUGA